CCAAAAUAGAACAGAAACCAAACUGAGCAAUCUUGUGGUUUUGAAUUUGGCAAAUGGAGGCGGCGCCAUUUGUUAAUGCAAAAGCUCACCCCUUUCGAUCAUCUUCCCCUGCUCUUCUCCUCGGCCGCAAUGGUGACAUUUGCAGAAGAAGUCUCAAAUUCAAAUCAAGAAAAUUUUCAGUUCGCGCUGCCGUCAACGACGGAGGCUCCGUUGUUACUCUGUUGGACUACGGUGCCGGCAAUGUUCGAAGCGUCAGGAAUGCAAUUCGAUUUCUCGGUUACGACAUCAAGGAUGUGCAAACUCCUGAAGACAUUCUCAAUGCAAAUCGCCUUAUUUUUCCUGGUGUUGGGGCCUUCGCUGCAGCAAUGGACGUGCUGAACCAGACCGGGAUGGCUGAAGCACUCUGUACUUAUAUAGAAAAUGGUCGACCCUUUUUAGGGAUUUGUCUUGGACUUCAGUUACUUUUUGAGUGUAGUGAAGAGAAUGGACCAGUAAAAGGUCUUGGCUUGAUUCCUGGUGUGGUGGGACGUUUUGACUCAUCUAGUGGCUUCAGAGUACCUCAUAUUGGCUGGAAUGCUGUUCAAAUUACAAAGGACUCGGGCAUUUUGGAUGAUAUUGGAGGCCGUCAUGUCUAUUUUGUUCACUCAUACCGUGCAAUGCCUUCAAAUGCUAACAAAGACUGGAUCUCAUCAACAUGCAAUUAUGGAGACAAUUUCAUUGCUUCUAUCAGAAGGGGAAAUGUGCAUGCUGUUCAGUUUCACCCGGAAAAGAGUGGAAAUGCUGGUCUUUCCAUAUUGAGAAGGUUCUUGGAUUCAAAGUCUGAUGUGACAAAGCAGCCAGCUGGAAGGAAAGCUUCAAAACUUGCUAAGAGAGUAAUUGCAUGCCUCGAUGUGAGGACAAAUGACAAAGGAGAUCUUGUUGUAACCAAAGGAGAUCAGUAUGAUGUAAGAGAGCAUACAAAGGAGAAUGAGGUGAGGAACCUUGGCAAGCCCGUGGAACUUGCUGGACAAUAUUAUAAAGAUGGAGCUGAUGAGAUUAGUUUUCUGAAUAUAACUGGCUUCCGUGACUUCCCUCUAGGUGAUUUGCCGAUGUUGCAGGUGCUACGCAACACAUCAGAAAAUGUUUUUGUACCUUUAACUGUAGGUGGCGGUAUACGAGAUUUCACAGAUGGGAAUGGGAGGCAUUAUUCUAGUUUGGAAGUUGCUUCAGAAUAUUUUAGGUCGGGUGCAGAUAAGAUUUCCAUUGGAAGUGACGCAGUUUAUGCUGCAGAAGCAUAUUUAAAAACUGGAGUAAAGACUGGGAAGAGCAGCUUAGAACAGAUUUCUAGAGUGUAUGGUAAUCAGGCCGUGGUUGUAAGUAUAGAUCCCCGUAGAGUGUAUGUCAAGGAUCCAAAUGAAGUGGAGUGCAAGGCCAUAAAAGUAAUAAUUCCAGGUCCAAAUGGAGAAGAAUAUGCCUGGUAUCAGUGCACGGUAAAUGGUGGGCGAGAGGGACGACCGAUAGGAGCUUAUGAGCUUGCAAAAGCUGUUGAAGACUUGGGGGCUGGGGAGAUUCUUCUAAAUUGUAUUGAUCGUGAUGGUCAAGGAACUGGGUUUGAUAUCGAACUAAUAAAACUCAUUUCAGAUGCUGUGACCAUACCUGUUAUAGCAAGUAGUGGUGCUGGUGCAGUUGAACACUUCUCAGAGGUUUUUACGGAAACAAAUGCUUCCGCUGCACUUGCUGCAGGCAUUUUCCAUCGGAAGGAGGUGCCUAUUCAAUCUGUGAAGGAGCACUUGUCAAAGGAAGCGAUAGAAGUUAGGAUGUAAUUGUGAUCGUUGCUGUGAAACAAUCUUGAGAUACAGUUUCCGUUGCUUCAGCCUCUAUUUUCUUGUCUUUCUUGUAUUAGAUGAUCAAUGUAUAUUAGGACCAGAGUAAAAUCGUUUCUAUAAGUGGAUUGGGGCUCUUAAGGUGCUCAAUACACUUCAAUUUUGAGAAAGAUGUAGGAACAAAUUUUUUUUUUUGAUGGGUUGUGAUUAUUUUUAU